AUGUCCACAGAAACAGUCGACGUCGUGAUAGACUCCCUUAUCGCCGCUGGCGUCAAGCACAUCUUUGGCGUCCCCGGCGCCAAGAUCGACUCCGUCUUCAACGCCCUCAUCGACCGCCCCGAGAUCAAGCUCGUUGUCUGUCGCCAUGAGCAGAAUGCCGCCUUUAUCGCCGGCGCCAUCGGCAGGAUCACAGGCCGCCCGGGAGUCUGCAUAGCCACCUCAGGCCCAGGAACCAGCAACCUCGUCACCGGACUCGUCACCGCCAACGACGAGGGUGCGCCCGUUGUGGCCAUUGUCGGAGACGUCAAGCGUGUGCAGGCCGCCAAGAAGACGCACCAGAGCCUGCGCGGCGUCCAGCUCCUCCAGCCCGUUACCAAGAAGGCCACUGGCGCCGUGCAUCCCGACCAGAUCGCCGAGAUUAUGCUGGAUGCCUUCCGCACUGCGGCAGCCUACCCGCAAGGCGCGACUGCGGUGAGCCUUCCCAUCGAUAUCAUGGCCGCGGGCACCAAGACAGCCAUUCCUGCACUACCCGAGACGGCCUUCGUCCCGCCCGAGUAUGGCACUUCACCAUCUGCAUCACUGAGUAGGGCGGCGUCCAUGAUCCAGAACGCAAAGUUUCCCGUCUUGUUCCUCGGGGCGAGGGCAGCUACGCCCGAAGCUGUUGAGGCGGUUCACGGCUUCCUUCGGAAGCACCCCAUCCCCGUCGUCGAGACUUUCCAGGCCGCUGGAUCCAUCAGCAAGGAGCUGGCACAUCUCUUCUACGGACGCAUCGGCCUCUUCCGUAACCAGCCCGGCGACAAACUUCUCUCUCAAGCUGACCUGGUCAUCGUCGCUGGCUAUGAUCAGUCCGAGUACGACGCCGACGCCUGGCACAAGAACAAGGAUCUCGACAUCCUUCACCUGGACUGGAUCCCAGCCGACUACGGCGCCUUCUACAACCCAAGUCUCGAGCUGGUGGGCUCCAUCGCAGCCAACAUCAAGGCACUCCAGAACAUCCUCGCGACCGUCUCCCGACCACAGGAGCUCGAGGUCUCAAAAGAGAUCUUUGCCGAGUUCCACGCGUGGGAGCGGAGCCCCCAGGCUCUGGGCCAGACCGGCGACGGCCCCGUACACCCGCUCCACUUCAUCAAGCUCAUGCAGGGCCUUCUCCCGCCGUCGCCGACCGUCGCCUCGGACGUCGGCAGCAUGUACAUCUGGCUCUCGCGCUUCUACUUCGCCUACAGUCCAAAGUCGUUCCUCGUCUCCAACGUCCAGCAGACCCUCGGCGUCGCCCUCCCCUGGGCCAUCGGCGCCUCCCUCGCCCAGGAGCCCCCGUGCUCCCGCAAGGUCGUCAGCAUCAGCGGCGACGGGGGCUUCCUCUACUCCGGCCAGGAGCUCGUCACCGCCGUCCAGCAGGGCUGCAACAUCACGCACUUCAUCUGGAACGACGGAAAGUAUAACAUGGUUGAGUUUCAGGAGGUCGACAAGUACGGCCGCAGCUCAGGCGUCGACCUCGGCGGCGUCGACUUUGUGCGCUACGCCGAGGCCUUCGGGGCAAAGGGCUUGCGCGUCACCCGCUCGUCGGAGCUGGAGGGCGUGAUGCGCGAGGCCCUGAGCCACGUGGGAGUGUGCGUCGUGGACGUCGAGAUUGACUACUCGCACAACCACGAGCUGAUGAAGAAUGUCAUCCAGGACUCUAUCAGUUAG